CAUUACCACUUCCUUCCCGUCAAGAUCUACCUUGCCUUUCCUACCAAUUAACUCGCACCAUAAGGUAAGGUCAGUUCCUACUGCACAUACUUGCUAGAUCAAUCUCCACCUUUGGCCUCAGACCUUAAUCCUCCAACUCUCCUCUUCUCAUCUUUUCCCAUUUAAUUGAUCUUCUGUGUAAAGGUACUGGAAUCAUCAGCAUCGUCGCUUCCGUUGUCGUCGCCGUCCUCUGCCGAGGGCACCCGGACGCCCGAGCCCGUGCAGAGACAUAAGUCAAGAGCUGCCCACCACCGAUAUCCCGACGCCGCUCCGCCCCCGACCUCCGAUCUGGGUCCUCUAAAUCCACCCGAUCAUCUUUUUCCAUCCAAACGUCUCUAUACCUGUACUCGACUCUCCGGUGCCUCACGUCUGAAUGGACCCUACGGCUGCUCUCGAUAGGCCGUGUUUCGACCGCGCCUCCAAUUAAAGCUAUAUCUCGACUAUAUCUAUACUCUACCUCUUGGGCUGCGCACGCCCGUGUCCUCUCGUCGGUGCUCCGGUUUGAGGUCCAAUCGCUCUCUAUCCCGGAGAACGGGAGGAAGCAAUGACCACUGGAGCUAAGUUGGCCCACCAAGAUGUCACAGGCCAUCACUCGCAAUUGUCGUCACCAUCUCCAGCAACAACUUCUGCCAUCAGCAUGCCUCUCGGCGCUGGAGGGCGACGCGAUGGCGAGACCACGGCUUUGACUGCAACGGGUGCGGCCGUCUCUGCAGUACCCAAAAAUAGCCCUUCCAACCGUUUUGUUAAACGUUACCGAACCGAAAUCGCAGCCAGCUCUUCCAGCGCAUUCUCUACCCUCGCCGCUUUCCCACUCGACAGCGUCAAGACGCGCAUGCAGACCUACCACUACAAUGGAUUCCUCGACUGUGUUCGCAAAACAUAUCAUGCUGAGAAGCUUGGCGGCUUCUUUCGAGGCGUCACAGCACCGAUGGCAAGUAUAACGCUUGUCCGCACCGUCUCCUUUUCGAUCUACCAACGUGCCAAAUACUCUUAUUCAGCUUGGGUCAAGCGGAACUUCGGCUUUGAUAUCAUUGGCCAUGUUAAUCGCCCUGGCACCUAUCCGAAUCUCUACUCGGUUGUAUGCUUUGGCGCUGCCGGUGCGACCGCUGGCUCUUGUAUAACCUUUCUCGCCUGUCCUUUCGAGCUCACCAAGCUCAGUGCGCAGGUCUCUGUACUGCUCGCUGAACGCGGUUCGACCAAUAAAGGUAGUCACGCUGUGGCAGCUAGCUACCAAAAUAAGGGCACCUUGCGGACAAUGGCGAAUAUCAUAAAACACCGAGGUGUUUUUGGUCUGUAUACUGGCCUGAAGCUUCAUCUCCUUCGUGACACAUUAGGCACUGCUAUCUAUUUUAUGGUGUAUGAAAGCGGGAAACAAAUUGGAAACACAUUGGCUGGCGAUCAUCCCAACAGUAACAAAGUGGCUGUUGUUGCCGCUGGUGGCAUGUGUGGUUUAGUAUCGUGGGCAAUGAUCUACCCGAUCGAUUCGGCCAAGAGCAUUUACCAGAGAAACUCAUUACUCUAUUCCAAAGGGGAAAAGGUCGAACCAGCGCCAAAGAUCGAAUUCUUCAGGCGUCACAUGUACCGUGGCCUAGGAGUUUCUAUGAGCCGGUCAUGCGUUGUGAACGCCAUAUUUUUCUCUUCAUUUGAGUUUGUCAAGAAGCACAUUCACCAAAUGGACGAUGAGAAUUAACUUGACAGAAUCUGCCCAAGUGCGUGUUGGUGAAAUAAGCAGGAAUAUCAGGUGGUCAAGUGAUUAUUGGGAAAGGUAUCUGACAAUUUUGGAUGGUUGGUAACCAGGAACCAAAUGCAGAAUCAUGUAUGCAUUACGAAUGGGCGUUAUUAGGAAUUAGUGAUUUAUCUCCAGUAUCACAUCUGGGUAGUCAGUUGUUUAGGGGUGAGUGGCGACAUGAAUACCUUGAAAUAGGAGACUGGAGUCUGAAAGGGACAGAAGAUAUUAACGGGAACACCAAAUUGGUUGUCCUCAUGAAUAAGAAAUCUACUCAUUUUAUAUUAUACUGCCA